GACCAGAAUUACCAGCACAAGACGAGCUCUAAAUCCAGGGCUAUAAGCUGGUAGUAUUCCUCACGUCAACCGCUCAAUUUCCUCCAGAGGCCCCAAUCGACCAUAAACCACAAUCAACCCAUAACAAUAAUGCCUCUCCCCCAAAUCCUAGUCGGCAAAGUCGCCGCCAUUACAGGCGGUUUAACCGGUAUUGGCAGGGCCAUCGCUCUCGAAUACCUCCGCCACGGCGCAAAAGUAGCCGUAAACCACCUCGGCGGAUCCAAAGAAGAGCCCCUCAUCGAAGCGAUGCGCAAAGACGUAUCUGAGAUUAUCGGAUCCAAUAACGACAGUGAGCAGAGCAGCAGCAGAUUCAUCCUCGUCGCAGGAGACGUAACACAGCCCGAGACGGGGCGGGAGUUCGUAGCCAAAGCCGUGGAAGCCUUUGGACGACUCGAUGUGUUCGUGAGUAAUGCGGGAGUGUGCAAGUUCGAGGAGUUUCUCGAAGUCGACCCCCCUCUCCUCGGCCACACAAUCAACACCAACCUCUGUGGCGCAUUCUGGGCAACACAAGCAGCAGCACGACAAAUGGCGCUGGCUCAAUCGCCACCGGGAGGCUCCAUUAUCGGGAUUAGUUCUAUCUCUGCACUUGUUGGGGGUGGACAGCAGACGCAUUACACGCCCACCAAGGCGGGGGUGCUUAGUCUUAUGCAGUCGUGUGCGGUGGCGUUGGGCAAAUACGGCAUCAGAUGUAAUGCGCUGCUGCCGGGAACGAUCCGGACUCAGUUAAAUGAUGAGGAUAUGAGUGAUCCGGUGAAGAGGACGUAUAUGGAGGGCAGGAUUCCGUUGGGGCGGUUGGGUCAGCCACCGGAUUUGGCGGGGCCGGCGGUGUUUUUGGCUUGUGAGGAGUUGAGUGGUUAUGUGACUGGAGCGCAGAUACUUGUGGAUGGGGGACUUUUCGUGAAUCUUCAGUAAAUGAAACGAUAUUAUUGUGAUGAUCUCUCUGAUGUGGACAUACUUGGUUAUGGCGAUCGGUGUACAUACAUACUUCUAGCAUAUGAAUCGAAUUAAGUACUACUAUCUAGAUUUCAAUCGCAUAUGCUUUGACUGC